CUUUUGCAAAAUCCAAUUCCUGCCUUCUCUAAUCAGGACAGGUUUUCUAGGAGGAGACAUGUGAAGAAUGGCCAGGGCUUGGCAAGCAGGCCUGGGUCCGCACAAGGCGCUUCCUCCUAGACAGGCGGUUCUGUGGAACGCCUGAGCCGCUUGGAAGAAAUGCAGGCAACUUGUAUUGAUACAAAGUUCUUACUCAGCGGGGUUUUAAAAGAAAAUCCAGUUAAUUUCUUCAAGUGUUGUUGCGAUUGCAUAUUGUAAAAGUUACAGUGCACUUGGAUCUAAUUUAUGUAAUUCCAUGUAUUUCAAAUUAAAGAAGCUUCAAAAUACUUGUAAGGAAAACUAACUGUUGAAAGAUGACUAAAAUAGAUGCUUAAACAGGGUGAGUCAGAAAGUGGAACUGGAAGCAAAGCGAUUAUGGCCAGCUAUUUUCCAAUAGAUUUUGGAAAACCUACGUUCUAAUAUUAUGAUACUGAUAUGGCCCUCCUUGCAAGUGGUGGUGACCCUCAGAUAUUUAGUGUUACAGAUUACAGUGUUACUGUGUUACAGUGUUACAUUGUUACAGACUUGGCUGAAUUUUUGUGUUAGUGUUAGAGAGACAGUAGAAAGACCACAGGGGUUAUUGCAUCUUGCUGUCCAGAGGUUGUAAAGUGGACAGAUCUCUUGGGUCUGUUGACAUCAUCAAGAAGCAAAUCACGUCAAAAUUUAAGCCCCUGUCAUUGUCUUAAGCAGAUUAGUGGACAUGAUAGACGGAGGGGACAUAACAGAAGGAGCACCAAGAUAUAUAAAGAACGGAGGACAAAGCAAUAGCUAUUUUAGAUUUUUUAAGUGAGGAAGAAGCUGAAGUUUUCCCUGAAGAAGCAUCAGUAUGUUCUUAAGAACCCAGCCCAGUGUAGGACUAGUUGGCUCUCUGCAGCAAUGUCUCAUUGUGUUCCAUGCUGGUGACAUCUCCCAGAGCCUGAAGCCCAUGUCAGCAGAUAGCCAGCCUACCGGAGGUCAUAAACCAUCUCUGAGGAGUACUUCCAUCCAGUGCUACUUGUGUUUUCUUCUAAACAGUCAUUUAAUAACUGAAGCUGGCAUUCACGUCUUCGUGUGGGGAUGUAUCAGUGCAGGUCUUCCUAAAACAGAAGCUAGUUGGCAUGAUGUAAUAUAUGACUUGAAAAGAAUUGAAAAUCUUAUUCAAUCUAUACACAUUGAUGCUACUUUAUAUACUGAGAGUGAUGUCCAUCCAAAUUGCAAAAUAACGGCAAUGAAGUGCUUUCUCCUGGAGUUGCGAGUUAUUUUACAUGAGUCCAGAAAUGAAGACAUUCAUGAAACAAUAACCAAUCUGAUCAUCCUGGCGAACAGCAGUUUAAAUUCCAAUGGGAAUGUAACAGAAUCUGGAUGCAAAGAAUGUGAAGAACUGGAGGAGAAAAGCAUUGCAGAAUUUUUGCAGAGUUUUGUACAUAUUGUACAAAUGUUCAUCAACACUUCUUGAUUGCAAUGAUCUUCAGUGCUUCUAUUAUUAAUGAACAUCUUCCAAUUGCUUACAGCCAACCAAACACUGCAUACGAAAUGUGUUGCCAAAACAAGUGUUUCUAGCGCGAAGUUGAUUGGGAUACUGAAUCAGAUGAACUCUUAGAAAUGAAGUCAGAACAAAUGUGUUUGAGCGACAUAGUUACUAUGAACUUUUCUGAAACAUUUUUUAAUUUAUUAUUAAAAUUUUACAUAUUUGUAAUAUAAUAUAAAAUGCUGAAUAAAAUUACAUACCUGUUUUAUCAAUUAAAAUUGCUCUGAUAUUUUACCUCUUACAGGAAAAUAGAGGGCAUUGUUCAAGGGUUGUCAUCAAAUUCUGUAGUAAGUGGAACAGCACUGACCGUGGAGUUGGUCAGAGGCUGGACUGGGUCCACUGAUGGCCAGACCUCAUUUCCGUCUACACUUCCCACACAGAGAGAACUGGCCACCAUGAGAAAAUAAGGAGCUGUAUGUGUGAGCCCAAUGCUUUACUCUGUAAUUCAGUUAUUGAAACAUAAAGCACUUGUUAGGAAAGAAAUACAUUACAGUGUGUGGCGUAUAAUGUGGAUCAGUAAAUCCUAAGUGGUGGUGGUAAUAAAAAAUGCUUUUCUGAAAUGUAGAGAGAUGUAUAAAAAAAUGAAUAGUUGCAACUGUACUUAUAUUUAUACUUUUCAAAACACAAGUGUUUUAUUUUCACAGUCUUAUUUGCUUAUUCAUAGAAUUGUUUUGAAAAAUAUUGAUUCAUUGUAGUCUGACAGAAAAUGUUUAUGAUUUUUGGAUUAUAAGUUUUUAUAACUGUUUAUAACUUUUUUCACUGUGAUCCCUAAAUUUGCCGGAUUUCUAGCUUUUCUGUUGGUGCAAAGAGAAAAAGUUAUAAUCCAAUUUAUUUCUUAAUUUUCUAAUCGAUUCCUUAGAGGAAGGUUAGUCCUCUGAUUGUUGUGAGGGAAGAAGGAAAAAAUAAUGCCAGUCAUAUUAGCGGGACUAUUCUGGUAUUAUAAAUACAUAGUGAGCUUAGAAUUUGGAAUUUUCAAAUAUUCAGAAUAGAAUCCUCCUGUUACUUAACAUCAAUAAAUUCAGUUGGUCAUGACAAA